AUGGUGUGUCAACCCCACGAUGACAUGAUGGCGCGCGUCACGGACAUUGCCGACGACUGCGCCCUCAACGCCACCUCCCAAGCUGACGUGCAAAGGAACAUGGACCUCAUCGCCGCCACCUGCGACAACUCUAGCCUGAUCAUCAACACGCAAAAGACAGUGGUUAUACACCGCCCGCCAUCCAACGAUGCCCUACAUCCGGACAACUGA